AAACCACUGCGGAUUUCUAGUUGCUACAUGAUUACAUGUCUGUAAUCAAUGAUGUCUGUCAUACUAUCUGUUUAUAUUGUAAUUGUACUUCUUUAAUUAUUUAUUACUGAUGGUGUUAUAAACAUGAACUGUUUAAAAAAACCUUGAAUCAUUUAGGGGAAGUGACAGCCUGAAGCUUUAGAUGUUUAUAUUUUCAAAACGCAAAUUUUGUAAGUGUUUUGGAGCACACUAAUAGAUAUUCUUUAGACAAACUGACUGAUAAAUUAUUUUGAUUUCACUGGACCUUUAAGAGAUAAUCUUCAAGGCUGAAUGUGAGGGUGGUGCUCAAACUUAUUCAAACUAAUUACACUAAUAGAAUUAACUGCAAUUACAAUCAAGUUUCUUUGAGUUUUAGGGAUUUUUAAGAACAUAUACUUCUGAAUACUUCUAUAACUUUUACAGUUAAAAACAUGGAAACUCAGGACCCUGCUAUUGCUGAGGCAGUGCAGGCCUCUGGUGAAUCAACCUUGGAAAAGGCCACAGCAAAAGCCAAAGAAAGUUUUGACCAGUUUAUGAAUGUCUCGCUUAACAUCGCUGUGACUGGAAAGACAGGAUCAGGGAAAUCCUCCUUUAUAAAUGCACUAAGAGGUCUAAAGGAUGAUGAUGAAGGAGCAGCACCUACUGGGGUCACAGAAACUACAAUGGAGCCCAACAUGUAUGAGCAUCCUGCAAUGCCAAAUGUGAAGAUCUGGGACCUGCCUGGAAUAGGAAGUCCAAACUUCAAAGCAGAUAAAUACCUUAAAGAUGUCAAAUUAAAAAAUUAUGACUUCUUCAUUAUUUUGAACUCCGAGAGGUUCAUGCAGAAUGAUGUCAUGUUGGCUAAAGAAAUAAGAAAGCAGAAGAAAAACUUUUACUUUGUUCGCUCAAAGAUUGACAACGAUAUUUCAGCAGAGCAAAGAAAAAAAACAUUUGAUGAACAGAGGGUCCUUUGCACAAUAAGGGAGGACUGUCUGAAAAACUUAAAGCAACUGGGAGACCCCAAAGUGUUCCUGAUUUCAUCUUUUGACUUGGAGAAGUAUGAUUUUGAAGAACUUCAAAACACACUAGCAGAAGAGCUUCCAGUCCAUAAGAGAAAUGCUCUCCUACAAGCCUGGCCGGUGUGCUCUGCUGCAUCUUUGGAGAUGAAGAUCAAGAUGUUUGAAGGUGUGAUCUGGGCUGCAUCUCUUGCAUCUGCUGGUAUAGCUGUGGUCCCUCUGCCUGGUCUAUCAGCAGCAUGUGAUACAGGGAUGGUGGCUCUUUUCCUUACAAGGUGUUACUUUGCAUUUGGCUUGGAUGAUGGAUCACUGGCGAGGCUUUCAGAAAAAAUAAACAAGCCCUUGGUGGGACAUCUGGCUAAAUCAAAGAUUGCGUCUGCCAUCCAAGAAAAAGCACUCACCAGAUUACAAGUAUCUGGUACACUGGUUGUCCUUUUCUCUGCUGAAUAUGUAGCAAGUCUCGUUCCAGGUGUUGGCAGUGUCGCUGCUGCUGGAUUGUCCUUUGGUACUACUUAUUACCUCUUGAGAAGUGGAUUAAAGGAACUGGCCAAUGUUGCUCGAGAAAUCAGAAAAGAGGUGCUGGACAGUCCGGGCACAAUGACAGAUGAUUCUUCUGCUGACAUGAAUUUCUCUGGAGCUUUGCAGAGAUUGGGUGAAAGUGACCCAAAUGCAGCUGCUGUGAAGGCUAAAGAAGAACUGGACCGUCUUGACAGUGUGACUCUGAAUAUCGCUGUGACUGGGGAAGCAGGAGCAGGAAAGUCUUCCUUCAUUAAUGCGCUUCGGGAUCUGAGUGAUGAAGAUGAAAACUCCGCACCAACUGGACUGACUGAAACCACAAAGAAAGCUACCAUGUACACCCAUCCCACAAAGCCAAAUGUUAGACUGUGGGACCUGCCAGGCAUUGGCACGCCAAAUUUCAAGGCAAACCAAUACCUCAAAGAUGUCAAAUUUGAAACGUAUGAUUUUUUUAUCAUCAUUUCCUCAGAGAGGUUCAAGGAGAAUGACGUGUAUCUGGCCAAGGAGAUUCAAAAAAAGCAGAAGAGGUUUUAUUUUGUUCGAAACAAGAUUGAUAAUGACAUUUGCUCAGUAGCGAAUGGAAAAAUCAACGAGCAGCAGCUGCUUUGCGCAAUCAGGGAAGACUGCUACAGAAAUCUGAAGGAAGUAGGAAAUCCCAAAGUGUUCUUGAUUUCCUCUUUUGACUUGAGGAAGUAUGACUUUGAAAAUCUGGUUGGUACUCUAGAGUCAGAGCUUUCAGAUCAAAAGGGAUUUGCUCUGGUUCAGUCCGUGCCUGUGUACUCUCUGGCUAUGCUAGAGAAAAAGAAAGCAUUGUUAGAGAAGUUCAUUUGGCUCGCAGCAUUGGCCUCAAGUGCAUGUACCUUAGUUCCUAACCAAUUCAUAUCUUUGAUCACAGACAAGGCGAUACUGAUAGUGUAUCUCAUAGGCUGUCAUUACGCUUUGGGUUUGAAUGAGAAAUCGCUCAAACAGCUGUCAGAGAGAACAAACAAGCCUGUCUCCCUGCUGAAAUUGGCUAUAAAGUCACCUGUGUCACUGGCAGUGCUAGACAGAAUGAGGAUUAGUCCUAUGGCAAAACCAGUGAAAAGUUUAGAGGAUCUGCUUGAUAGUAAAAAUCUUGCAGUCAAUGUUCAGAACACAGCUGAUGCCUUCAGGAAUAGUCACACCAACCUGACUAGAGCUCUAAAUGAAAUGAUCAAAGACAUGAGACAAGUUCUUCAAGUGGCAGGUUUGGACGAAUAAAAUCAUGCUAAUGGACGAUGUUUACAAAUGAAAUGAGAAAGUUAAACUAAAAAAAGUUUUAGUAAUGUUCAUAUUUUGUCUUGAUAUGUAAUUAAUGAAACUGAAUGCAUACAAAAAGCACUUUAACAGUAAACUUGGUAAAAAUGUGACUGUAUACUUUUCAAGAAUAUGUGGUUGGUUUAAUAAAUUUUGAUUAUUUUGAUUAUUUUUAUUGUACUUUUGUAAACUUAUGUUGACCUUGUUUUAGAAUGCAUACAAGAGCUUUAGGCCAAGGGUCGUAAUCUUUAUCAUCUUGUAAGCAAUGAAUAUGUAGUUCAUAUCCUAUUUUAAUCAUUAUUAUUGGUGUGAAUUGUUUUCUACAUAUUUUCAGUUCAAUUAUACAUAUGAAUCAAAUGAUAAUAAAUACCAUAGUGGCAGGUGUUGAUUUUCAGGAUGUUCUAGUUUAAAUGAUUGUAUGUGUAUAGCACAAACAAUGGGAUUUUUGUUUUACUAUACAGAAUGCAUGUGGUGUGUGGUUUACAUUAAACAAAAACAUGAGUUUAAAAAAUAAAAAUGAUAUCACUUUA